GGUCUCCACGUGGAACCGGGCAAACUGAACGAGAUCAACUAUCAACCGGUCUUGUGGGAACGUUUAAACACUCCGCCACAUCCGUGUCGAUCGAAACAGUUGGAACAGUCGACCGAGAAAGCCCGAAUUAUUAUGGCUAACAUGACCCCAUCCACUGAUCCGACAUAUGCCUAUUCCUACAUGGAUUUGGAUGUGCCAUACCGCUACACCCAAUCCCAAUGCAUUCUGUUACAUCAACAAUUGGAUAUUAUGAGUAAAUGUCAUUGCCAGUAUAUUUACAAUCCACGACCGGCUCAUCCAUUUCAUCAUACCCCGUAUUGUGGAUCAAUAUUCAAAGAUGAAACAGAUUUGCCGGAGGAACAGCGCAAGAAUAUUAGUUGUGUGCAAGAGAUAUUGGAAAGUGAUCGGAAACGUGCAUACGAGGCAACCGUAUGCUAUCCCCGAUGUAAUCAUUAUAGUUACGAAAGUACUAUCUCUGUCACCACAUGGCGUGCGGUGGAUUGGCAAUUGCAUUGGUUACGUCAUUUGAAUCGAGCGUUUAAAAGUAUGGAACAAGAACGAGACACGUCGUUCAAUGAGACAUGGGAUCGUGUGGGAAGCAAAGGGUACCGGGAUUGGUUAGAAUACUUCCAAAAAGACAAUUUGACAAAUAUUCCGGAGAACGCAAUCAACGAUCUGAAUUUGCAAGGGAACAAUUUCGCCUAUGUGGUUCUCAAACGACGCUCGGGGGAUGUUCGAGUAAAUCGUGAGAAGCUCGUGUUGAGUAUCAGUGUUUUGCUCAGCCGAAUCGGUGGCUUGUGCUCCCUAACAAUCGGUUUGACCGCGGGAUUCGUGGUCGAGAUAAUCGAAUUCGCGUAUGUGCUGUGCACAACGCGAGCCUCGAAAUCCGUAAACGGUCGACUGGAUCAUUCGGACAAGGAACAAACGUACGGUCAACUCAACUGUUCGGAAACAUUGCUGAACAAACAAGCAGCUGGAAUGAUGCUGGAUGCGACUGGGCAAGAUGUGUGCUAUACGUUCCAGCAUUCAACCGAUACACAUAGUUAG